AUGUCUCGGUCCACGAUGCUCGCCCACUCCGCGAUUCCUUCCAGCUUGAUACGCAUGGAUUUGCUUUCGCCGUGGAUUCUGACGGCAACCGCCCCGAAAUUCUUGAGACUAUUCGCUCCGGCGACAAGGAGGCGGUCCGCGAGGUCUACUAUCCCCUCGUGGAGCAGAUCAUCAAGCGGCAAACAGGCGCAUCACGCGUGGUUAUCUUCGAUCACACCGUGCGACGGCGCGAGGUCUCCUUGGCUGGCAAGAAUCCCAAUGGCCGCGAGCAGCCUGCAAGCACAGUCUCCCCUGGGAGCCCGACGUCGCGUCUACCAGCAUCUUCCCGAAGAAGCCGACCGGCUCCUCAAAGGUCGGGCGCAAAUCGUCAAUGUCUGGCGUCCUCUCCGAGGCCCCGUCCAAGACUGGCCCCUAGCUGUAAUGGACUGCAGUACAUUAGCCCAAGCACAUAUCCAUCCGACCAAGCUGUAUCGCAACCGGUUCGAGCUCCGUGGUGAGACCGUCAGCAUCAGUCACGACGAAAGCCAACGCUGGUACUACCUUGAUGGACAACAAACCGACGAAUGCACUUUGAUCAAGAUCUGGGACAGUAAGGAAGGUAUUUCGGGACAUAUGUGUGCCCAUUGCGCUUUCCAGCAUCCCAAUACCCCGGUGGAUGCUCCCCUGCGUGAAAGUGUUGAAGUGCGAUGUCUGGUCUUCUAUGAGAACCAGGAGUAG